AUGGCAACGGCCGCAGCGCGGCCCCUAGCAACGGGGCAGGCCGCGCCCGGCGCCAUGGCGGCCGCCGGCAGCCCCAGCGUCUUUCUGCUGGCGGUCAACGGGCAGAUCGAGAGCGGGCAGUUCCCCGGAUUUGACGAUCUCUACUGCAAGUUCUGCUUCGUCUACGGCCAAGACUGGGUUCCCACAGCGGGCCUGGAGGAGGGCAUCUCCCAGAUCACCUCCAAGAGCGACGUCGCGCCCACCACGCUCGUCUGGAACUUCCCCAUCGACAUUACCUUCAAGAGCACCAACCCAUCAGGCUGGCCACAGAUCGUAGUGAGCGUCUAUGGACCUGACUUUUUUGGAAACGAUGUGGUCAGAGGUUAUGGAGCUGUUCAUGUUCCUUUCACACCCGGAAGGCAUACAAGGACCAUCGCUAUGUUUGUUCCAGAGUCCACAUCUAGGCUGCAGAAGUUUACAAGUUGGUUCACAGGGAGACGUCCGGAAUUUACUGACCCCAGAGUGGUGGCACAGGGAGAAGGAAGAGAAGUAACGAGGGUGCGAUCUCAAGGCUUUGUGACCAUUUCCUUCAACGUAGUGACCAAAGAUAUGAAGAAGUUGGGCUAUGACGUGAGCCCGAGGGACAUGCAGAACACUUCUCCAGUGCCUGUUACAGAAGGGAUCCAUAAGUAUUGAACUCUGGCGUGAGAUGUUCAAAGGCUCACAGAGAAGUUAAGCGCUUUGGGGCUUUUUGUGGCAAAGGGAAAUGAGUAUCUGACUAAACUGAGAAAAUUUCACUUGAGACUGUUAUUCCAAAAGAAACACAAGCCCAUGAGGCUUUGGAAUAAUUACCUAAGUAUAAUCCUCUCAGUAAGCAUACAGGUUGAAGUAUUAUGUAAAUCAAUGUCAUCAGAUAAUAUUUAGCAUUUUUAUGAGUAAUAUCAGACUAUGUCAAAAUAAGACCUGUAACAAAAUAUUUUUUAUGGCAGCCUUUUGUACACUCUUUAUAUACUUAAAAAUAGGAAAGUUUAUAAUUGUAGCAGUUUUCCUGAGUUUAAAACAUCACUGCAAACCCAGUUCUCAUGUUUUUUGUGGUAGAAAUGGGAAAUUGAAAUUAUUGCACCUUCCAAAAAGGAAAGAAUAUGGAAACGUUCCAGUGAAAUGCACACGCACUUCUCUGUGCCAUGCGCUUCCCUCUGCAAAAGCAAGAGCAGUUUUCUUUAUAAUUCCACGUAGUCCUUUAGAGUUUGCGCAACUAACUAAAAUAGCCCAUGCACCAUAGAAACAAACCUUUCCACAUUUUUUAGUGAAGCAACCUGGGCUUUUGCGUUUAGAACAAGAUGAUCACUCUUCCAUUUCCAGAUUUUAUUUCUGCAGCAAGCUUCAAGAAGAAAAAAAACCAAAAGGACAGCAGUUUGUUUUAGAGGAUUUAGAGAGACCAUGGUGUCAGACGUAGCCUUGCUGCACGGUUUUAACUUCUGGUAAAACAAAUUGCAUUUUACAUGCGGAUAUUGACUUAAAAAUAAAUCUUAGAGAAGGGUCUGCAAAGAAAGUAGAGUCUCAGUAAGCCAGCUGUGUGUGCAUUCAUAAGCAGCGUUCAGCUCCAAAUCAGGUAGCGGAGGCAGUGUGCUGCACAGGGGAGCAGGGAGGAGCAGAAAGGACCUUCUCCUCCCUUCAGUAGGUCCCUGCAGCCGGUACGUUACGCAGAUAACGUACAACAGCUUUCCUUAGCUGGUUUUAGUCUCAAAAGAAAGGCAGUAAAAAAGCAACGUAGUGAUGUUCAAGUCCGCUGUGCUCAGGUUUUCGGUCCUUCUCUGAGGUUAUGCAACGCGAAAGAAAUGGUGUUGGUUGUUAUUGGUGUGUGACAGGAGCUCCAAAGCUGAUGAGCUGCUCUCAGGCAUCUGCAGCGCGCGGGCACAGAGCUGGCCUCGACCUGAAGAGCUUCUCCUCUGAUGUCAUACCACGGCCUUUCAGUGCAUCCCCCUCUAAGCUAAUGUUAGUGCUCUUUUAGGCUGAAUAAACCCAGUUAUCCAAAUA